AUGCGGUGGGUGGCGGCCAGGCAGCAGCCGCCACAGCAGCAUGGGCCAGCCGCCAGGCUGUGGAUGGCCUUCUGGCGGCUUGCGGUGGCGGCUAUGGGCCACCUGGCCAAGCCGCAGCACCACCUGGCCAAGCUGGUGCUGCAGGCCAUCGUGGCCUUGGCGGUGCUGGCGCUGGCGGUGCGGUGGUGGCGCCGCAGGCGGGAGCGCUGCGAACUACUGGGCGCCGGCGCGCAUGCCAAGGUGUUCGCUUGCCGCAUGUCGCAGUGCCCGGAGGAGCAGGCGCUGUGCUUCAAGGUGUUCAACUGCGCCACGGAGGAGGAGGUACGGCAGGAGUACGACGCCCUGAGGGCCCUGGAGGCCGUGCCGGGCGUGCCCCGCGCCGUGGCACUCAAUACCCAGCCGCUGGGCAUCGUCAUGACCCGCCACUGCGGCACGACCCUGCGGCAGGUGCUGGAGAAGGGCCGGCUGUCGUACCCACAGGCUCUGGAGGUCAUGCUGCAGGUCUGCACGACUCUAGCUAGGGUGCACGAACAGGGCUACGUGCACAACGACGUACACCCUAAGAACAUCAGCGUCGAACUGGCCGGCGGCGUCAUCGAAGUCGUCGUGCUUGACUUCGGCUUGGCCACCGUCAUCGGAGGUCGUCCAGACACCUUCCGCAAGCACGUGACUGACGACCCGGCCGAGCACGACCGAAACGAGACGCGACGACGUGCAUUGUACCCGUGGUUCGCCCCGGAGGUGUUCCACGGGGGCGCCGCUACACCUGCGGCAGAUGUGUAUUCCUUCGCCUACACCUGCUUCAUAACACUCACCUACGCUACGGGUGUAGCUAACACCCGUCGGGGGCCCCUCUGGAGGCCCCUGUGGUGGCCCCUGGGGCGGCGGGCCAGACCUGGGGGCUCGGCCUGGCGCAGGGCCAACCCCAGGCCAUCGUGCUCUACCCAACAACACGUGGAUGGCCCGCUGGGUAAGCUUAUAGCUCAAGCUUAUAGCUUUCAGGCCCAAGACCGGCCGCCUCUGACUGAGAUGGAGCAUUGGCUCUCUUGGGCUCUAAACCCGCCGUCCUCUACUCCACACCUGCCCUCCUGGGCUCUAUACCUGCCUUCGUGGGCUCUAUACCCGCCCUCAUGGGCUCUACACCCGCUCUCGUCGACUCUACACCCGCCAACUUGGUCUCUAGAUCCGCCGUUCUUUUCAACGUUUGUGCAAGAAUCCGGUCCCGUCGUCCAAGAAUCCGGUCCUGCCGUCCAAGAAUCCGGUCCUGCCGUUCAAGAAUCCGGUCCUGCCGUCCAAGAGUCCGGUCCUGCCGUCCAAAAAUCCGGUCCUGCCGUCCAAGAAUCCGGUCCCGUCGUCCAAGAAUCCGGUCCUGCCGUCCAAGAAUCCGGUCGUGCCGUCCAAGAAUCCGGUCGUGCCGUCCAAGAAUCCGGUCCUACAGUCGAAGACUCUAAACCCAUCACUAUCAAUGUUUCUGGACCCAUCACCAUCCAUGUCUCUGGACCCAUCACCAUCCAGAUGUCUGGGCCGCAACCAGAAGCCUUUGGACCGUAA